UGAUGACGGACAUCCAUCGUCUGGAGCAGGAGCUGCAGACUACAGAGUGCCCCCUGAAGCUGGUCCAUACCAGGCUGGAGAACAGGAACUCGAGGCCCGGAGUGGACCUCUGCAGAGACCAGGUGCAUUCUGGGCUGGUGGAAGAGGCUAAGCAGUUGGGAGCCACAAUAGAAGCAUUACAGCAGAAUCUAGCCAGGUCUAUGCACUCUCUGCAGUCCUUAGAGGAGCACCAGGCCUGUAUGGGAGAAGACCUGUCCAGGAAGCAGGAGGCCCUGGAGCUGGAGCAGCGAAGCAACCACAUCCACCAGCGCCUGGAGGCCCUGCCUGAGGCUGAGACUGCCAAGAUCAUCCCUGGAGUCACCGUCCCCAAGCCCGGCUUCACCAGAGAGAUGUACUGAUGAGGUGAACACACACAUGAACACACGCACA